AUGCAGCUCAUGGCCCAAGAUCCAUCGGGCAUGAAUCUGUACGGCACGCUUCCCCAUAGCGCUUGGGAGCAAUGGUGGUCCCCCGAGAACGACGCCUUUGCCGAAGCAUUAAAUGUGGCCGCCCCAAAUGCCUGCGCGCAAGAACACCACCAACGAUACGCUCAGUACACCUACGAUCAGGACUCGUCGACGCAAUGGGCAUCCCCUUCAACCUCAACGCACACUUAUCCCGUCCCAUCUCCUUCCACAGAGUCGACGAGUGUAGAGAAUGCGAUGGGGGACUCCGAAAGCCGUCGAGGCUCUUUAUCAACCCAGCCCAACAAACGAAAACGUAAUGCGAGUCGAUCCAUAGCCUCGAAAGCUCCAAAACGCGCGUCAACUCGUAAGACAACCAAAACAGAAGCAGUACCCGGAAAGGCGAAAGGAUGCGGCAAAGGGAAGGCAGUUGCCAAGCCGCAACCUACGAUAUCACCGUCCCCUGAUCCGGAGGAAGAACUCGACGAGCACAGCAAAAAGGUUCAGGAGAGAAACCGCAUCGCCUCCAACAAAUUCCGCGUCAAGAAGCGUGAAGACGCCAAGAAGCUUCGAGCCGACGAAAAAGAGAUGGAGAAAACAAACCGCGACUUGUCAAACUGCGUGUCCGAACUCACGAUGCAGGUCUACGAACUCAAGAUGAGACUCUUACAGCACACGGACUGCGAAUGUCGCUUGAUCCAAAACUACAUUGCGAAUGAAGCGCAUCGAUAUAUUCAAGACCUGGGCGAAGGAAAGCAGAACCACGCGACCCCGCCGCUUUGCCCAUACAACCAGCACAAUUGA